AUGUCUAAGCAUCCAGACGUGGUGCUAGAGGAUGGGCGCGACGACGAGUCGCUAGAGAAGUCCGCCGGCGUGACCCAGUCGGAUGCGCUCAAGCGCUCUUCGCGGAAAUGGGUCAUCACCGCAUACAUAGGUCUCUACCUGAUGACCUUCGUCCUGGCCUUCGACACCUACUCGACCGGCACUUACAGCGCGUACGCGACGAGCGACUUCAAGGGGCACUCGCUCCUGAGCGCUUCUCGGGUCGUGAGAACCAUCACCAGCAUGCUCGCACACCCGAUCGUAGCGAAGUUGACGGAUAUGAUCGGCCGCAUUGAGCUAUUCGCCAUCUCUAUUAGUCUUUCCGUCUUGUCUCUGGUCCUGUUCGCGUCAUCCCAGAACGUGGAGACGUAUUUCGUCGCGGGGUUCUUUGACGCGGUCGGCGGCACGGGUUUCAGCAUCACGCAGCAGAUCUUCAUCUCUGACCUCACCACGCUCCGAAACCGCGGCCUCUGGCUGUCGCUCCCGGACAGCAUCAGCAGUAUACCCACCCUCUACCUCGGGACGAUCGUCGCCGACGCAUUCUUGGCCCACUCGACCUGGAGAUGGGGUUACGGGAUGUGGGCGAUAGUCCACCCCGUCGCCGCCAUCCCCCUCCUCCUGACAUUGUUCUUGUGGCAACACCAUAGGAGAAAGACAGCCUCCGGACCACCAAAGGUCCCUCUGCUCCUUCGAGAUAUCCAGCCCGGCGACUCGAUCUGGACGAAGAUCUAUAAGGUGGGCUGGGUCGAGCUCGACUUCCUCGGGUGCCUCCUCCUGAUCGCCGGCCUAUCCCUGAUUCUCGUGCCCGUAUCCCUCACUGGCUCCCAGAACAGCAUGGCCUGGAGCCAGCCGCACUUCAUCGCGAUGCUCGUCGUCGGGUGCGUGUUGUUCGUCUUGUUCUUCGUCUGGGACUCCCUCUUCGCGAAGAAACCCUUCAUCCCAUUCCGCCUCGUCAGGCACAAGACCGUCAUGGCCGCGUGCGCCCUGUGCGUGUUCGACUUAACGCACUACGCGCUAUUCUCUGUGUUCUUCCCCAGUUACCUCCAGGUAGCCGCACAUUACUCUCCCGGCCACGCCGGAAGAAUCGACAAUUCGCUACGAGUGGCCUUCCAGAUAUCCUCUCUCGUUGUCGCCGUAUUGAUGCAUUACUCCAAGAGGGCCAAGAUAUGGAUCCUGUUCGGCGCCACCCUUUGCGUGCUCGGACAGGGGCUUCAGAUAUACUUCGUCAAUAUCGAUGGCACGCAUCCAGCCAACGAAGCAUCUUUCGUCACGGCCAAGACCCUGGUGGGAAUUGGCAGGGGUUUCUACCAGACCGCUGCCCAGGUAUGCGUGCAGGCCGUGGUAAACAGGGACGAGGUGGCGGUAGCUACUGGUGUGUACUUUGCGUCCAUGAGCCUCGGAGGAGCGAUAGGCACUAGCAUCUCCGGUUCCAUAUGGCGGUCGAAUCUGCUCCCAAAACUCAGUCAAUAUCUGCCAGAGGCCUCGAAAUCCAGGGCGGAAAGCAUUUUCCAGUCCAUAGUGGUAGCGCAACGAUUCGCUGUCGGAACCGCUGAAAGGGACGCCAUAGACUUGGCAUACCGGGAGACCCAGCGGCUGCUCGCCAUUGCUGCUACGUGUGCGCUCGCCCCCAUGUUGCUGGUGAUGUGGUUCAUCAAGAACGUCGAUCUCGUGAACAACAAGCAGGAGAAGGGGCAAGACGGAGAGGGCCAUGGUACAUCUGAUCAUAGCAACACGACCGAGGAGAGGGAAAAUAGCACUGAGAAGCCCAAAACCUAG